AGCUGUGUGGUGUAGUGCUGCUGCUGAUGGUGGUGGUGUAGCUGUGUGGGGUAGCUGUGUGGCUGCUGCUGCUGCCGCUCGAUCUUUGGGAGCUUCGUUAGGAGGUGUCCCCCCACCACCACCACCUCCCCGUCUCCCACGCAGGCUGCUUCUGCUGCUGAGGCAGCGCGACCCCCGCGCGCCCGUAGCCCGGGGCCCCCCGCGACCCCCCCAGCGGAGCGGCGGCGAGUGGCACGAAGGGUGCGGGGCCCCCCACUGUUCGAUGGUGGCAAGCACAAGCACGCCGAGUAUCAGUCCGACGGAAGAGACCGUUUUGUCAUCAAGACACCUGCCAGCGGCGGCGGCGGCACUAGAGGAAAUGUGUUUGGAACAUUCACGUUCAGAGCAGAGACGGGGAGGACAUCUCAAUCUCACUACUACUGCCUUGGGCGUCUAGAGCCGCAGAAGCCUCUCACCGGUGCGGCCAGGCACAGCGGUGGCCGACGCCCCCGGCACGGAGUCCCCAUGUCGAGCCGCAACACCUCCCCUGCCUCCUCGCCCAGGAAAACGCCCCAAGUUCCCAUCAAGGGCUCCCCAAAGCGCAAGGUGUCGUCCGGCGCUCAGCUGGGUCUGGAUGCCCUACCCGGAGGGACCCCCAAGCGCCUGUCUGUCCCAGAGGUGUCCCGCUUGGCUCCGGGGCCCGGAUCGGCCGAGUGCUGCAGCGCCGGAGCGUGCAGGAGCUGUGACACCAGCCCCAACUUCAGCCGCCGGUGGAAGUACCUUUCGUGCAGCGAGAACCAUGGAGUGCGCGCGCCCGCCCCCGAGCAGUACCUCACCCCCCUGCAGCAGAAGGAGGUCGCCAUCCGCCACCUGCGCUCGCAGCUGCGGGACACGCAGGGUCAGCUGGACGACAGGGAGAGUGAAGUGGAAGAGAUGCGGCUGCGGAUGCUGCGCAUGCGGGAGGACUGGGUGGACGGGGAGUGCCACCGCAUGGAGGCUCAGCACGCCCUCAAGGACGCCAAGCGGGAGAUACGGCAGCUCAAGUCGCUGGUCGACCUCAUGAAGAGCAGCCUCUCCGGCAAGGAGAGGAGCGUGCAGAAGUACUUCAUCGACAUCAACAUUAACCAGAAGCGGCGGCUGGAGAGCAUCUUCCACUGCAUGGAGGUGGCGCAGAGCACAGCCGCCCACGGGGAAGCCCAGGCCGCCUCGUCGACGCCCUGCUCCCCCAAGAGGGCGCUGCCUCGGAGGUCCACGUACACGAAGCUCUCGGACAGCGUGUGCGUGGGCGCGCCGUGCGGUGGCAGGCAGGCGGCAGGAGGGGCGGUGCUCGUGACGGACCGUGCCAUGUGGACCGGGGACGACGACGGCGACUACGACGAUGAGCGGCUCGCCGUCCUGGACACCGGCUCCACGGAGGGCUCGGACGACGUCGUUUUUGAAAGCUUGGCCAACUGCCGCGAUCCGUUUGCCGUUCCAGCGAUAGCAUUCGGCCCCGCCGCAAGUCCCCUUUCUGGGAUGGUUGUCCGAGAGCGUCUGAGCAGUGCGGAGAUGGUCAUCUGUUUGGAGCGGGCAGUUCAAACGGACGAAGAUAUUUACGAAACACCUGGGCCCCAAGAUGUGACGUGGCACACAAACGGUGGUGCGUUCGGAGACGACGCCUCCCGCCGUUCAUCGGCAGGACACGAUUGCUACCACUUGGAAAGAAGGGGUGACACGAACACGGCAGGAAACAACAGCCUGGAAAUGGGGCAGGUGUGCCAGCAACAGAAGUGGGCAACAUCCGAAAGCAUUAGUCGCUUGGCGGAAUCUAAACUUGAGGCGGUCAUACAGAAAAUUGACGAAGUGUUCAAGCGUGAAAGCAAAUCAAGGCAUGCAUCGCAGUCGGACGCCGUCGAGAAGGCGCAAGAAGCUAAAGAAAUUAACCGCAAUCAUGACGAUCGGGAAUGUGAAGAAGCGCAGCCAGACGAUGCGUGCCUCACGAGAUCCCCCUUAUCGGACGAGAAGCUGGCGUCUGACGACACAACCGGGGAGUUCACCGCCCCUUGCAGGUCCUACAGCAGGGGCACCAUGGGCAGGAGCUGCAGCCUGAACAACAUGGAGCGUCCCAGCCCCGAGCCGCGGCCCACGCGACCCGACCACGUGUGCCUGGAUGUGAACGCGUGCGCCAGCGCGCUGCCCUCGGACAGCCCCGACGGCGGAACGCUCGACUCCAUGGAGGAGGACGCCGCCGCCGCCGCCGCCGCCGCCCCUUCCUCCGAGCCCACAGGGGGCCGGGCCUACUGGAGUCGCCACCUCCUGCUGGACACGCUGGCCAUCGCCGGGCCAAUGCUGCCGGCCGUCGCCUGGCUGCUCGGCAGCAACCGCGGGCGCGGGAUGCCCUUCUUCAACCUGCCGGGGCUGCUGCGCGGCUGCUGCGUGCUGGCGCUCACCACGCUCCGCUCCGUGCCCCAGUCGCUGCUGUCGCCCAUCUGUCACUGCGCCCGCCCGAAGCCUCCCGACGUGGGCAACUUGGAGCAGCCGCUGUGAGUCGAGGGGGGGGGCGGGGGGGGGGGGGGCUUGCGCCGUGCGAGUGGUGGGCAGGCCAUCGGCCGGUUGGUGUUCGUCUGCGUGGCCAUCGGGAGCUAUGCAGCAGCACUUUACCCAGUCUGAGACCUCCGUAGGAGUGGAGUGAGAAUGUGACGUUGAUGUGAAUGCAUUUUGUGUCAUGCUUUUUGUUAAUCUUAUUAAAAACACCUCCAGUUCACGAUAUCCUAAAAUAUGAAUUAAAAAACAAGUCCAUCCGUUGUUAUAUGUAGCAAGUUUUAAUAACCAGGGACGUGCGGUCAGGGGAGGCAGGGGAGGCGGAGCCUCACCUGUCAUACUCCAAUGAAAAUAGCUGUUACUAAAACAAAAAAAUUCACAUUUUUCCACUGAUCUGUUAUAAAUGUAAUUUCUGUAUGAUUCCAAACAUUUUUAGAGACAAAAUCGCCAAAUUUGCGGAGCUCCGCUGAAAAUACAGGAAGAGACGAGAGGUGAGGCAGCGACGAGCUCAGCCUCCCCUCUGAUUGCGCAACCCCUCAGUAACUGGAUGGAGCGCGGGCA